AAUCCAGUGAUUACGUAAUUUUGCUUAAAUAGACGAAAUUGAUAGUUCUUUUUGUGUCGGUCGAUGCUUACUUCGACGAGUCCGCGAGUAAGUUGUCCAUGGAGCAGUCGAAAUCCGUCGUCUGGACUCCCCUGGAACGGAGAUGUCUCUACCUCCUUCAACGGACCAGGAACUCUCGACCCGCUCUCCUCCAGAUCCACGCCUUCAUGCUUCGCCACGCUUUCGACCUCAACGUCAACCUCCUCACCAAGCUCGUCGCCAGCUGCGCCUCCGUCGCCUCCGGCUCCGACCCGCUCGCGGGAUUACGCCAUGCUCGCCUCCUGUUCGACAAAAGUCCCCACAGAGACGACGGGUUCCUCUGCAACGCCGUGAUCAGAGCCCACGUGGGUCUGCGCCAGUUUGACGAGGCUCUUGUUCUUUACCGUGAUCUCCGGUGGAGCACCGGCUUUUCGCCCGAUAACUUCACGUUCACCGCGCUGGCGAAGUGUGGCUCGCUGGCUACGUCCUGUUGGGAAGGGCUGCAGGUGCAGAGCCAUGUUGUUAAGAUGGGGUUUUGGUCGGACUUGUAUGUGUCCACGGCGUUUGUGGAUUUGUAUGCGAAAUGGGGCGUGGAAGCUGCGAGGAUGUUGUUUGACGACAUGAGCGUGAGGAGUCUGGUCUCGUGGACAGCUCUGAUAGGUGGUUAUGCGAGGAGAGGGGAUAUGGGGAAUGCAAUGAAGUUGUUUGAGGAAAUGCCUGAGAAGGACUCUGCAGCAUAUAACUUAAUGAUUGAUGGCUAUGUUAAGUUGGGAGAUAUGGACCCAGCCAAGGAUUUGUUUAAUGAAAUGCCAGAGAGGAAUGUGGUUUCUUGGACUACAAUGAUUAAUGGGUAUUGCAAUGUUGGUGACGUAAAAUCUGCUCGCUCACUCUUCAAUGCCAUGCCAGAGAAUCUGUAUUCUUGGAACGUCAUAAUUAAUGGAUAUUGCCAAAAUAAACAGCCCCAUGAAGCUUUGAGACUGUUUUCUGAGAUGCAGUCAACUGCAUUGGUUGAGCCUGAUGAAGUCACUCUUGUAUGCGUUCUUCCAGCUAUAGCUGAUCUGGGUGCUCUAGAUUUAGGCUAUCAGGUUUACCAUAUUGCACAGAAAAAGAAGCUUGACCGAGCAAGCAAUGUGGGCACGGCACUUGUGGAUAUGUUUGCUAAAUGUGGUGAGAUUAGUAAAGCCAAAAGUGUGUUUAAUAUGUUGCACGAAAGACAGGUAGCUUCUUGGAAUGCUUUGAUAAAUGGGCUUGCAGUCAAUGGGUAUGGCAAAGAAGCAUUGGAAAUAUUCCUGGAGAUGCAACAGCAUGGGGUUCCACCGAAUGAUAUAACCAUGAUUGGUGUUCUAUCUGCAUGUAAUCACACUGGUUUCGUGAAGGAAGGGAAGAAGUGGUUUAAAGCAAUGGAUGAGUUUGGGCUUGCCCCUCAGAUUGAGCACUACGGUUGUAUGGUAGAUCUAUUAGGUAGAGCAGGAUAUUUAGAAGAGGCUGAAAUAAUAAUAGAUAGCAUGCCCUAUGAGCCUAAUGCAAUAAUAUUGAGCUCUUUCUUAUUUGCUUGUGGAUACUUCAAGGACGUGGUAAGAGCGGAGAGACUUAUAAGCAGAACAGUAAAUAUGGAGCCUCAGAAUGAUGGGAACUACAUUAUGUUGAGAAACCUAUAUGCAGCAGAGAAGAGAUGGACUGAUGCAGAGGAGAUUAAGAGGUUAAUGAGUACAAAUGGAGCAAAUAAGGAAACAGGUUGCAGUAUUAUUGAGAUCGAUGGGAGAAUGAGUGAGUUUUUGGCUGGAAACAGAUUG